UUGAAGGAAGAACCAUGGUCAUCCAUAAGCUUCUCUUGAAAGUUGCAGUGCUGGGGGCUUUAUUGGGUCCAUACCACAACCACAUAGCACAAGCUGAUGAUUCAAUGACUAAGCCCGGAUGCCAAAGUUCUUGUGGAAACCUCUCGAUUCCAUACCCCUUUGGAUUGAGCAACAGUGAUCCAUAUUGCCACAUCAAUCUUUCCUCCUUUAUAGUCCAUUGUGAUUACUCUACCAACCCUCCCGUAGCUUACAUGGCGAAAAGAAGUAGUAACAUCGAAAUACUCCACAUUUCUGUCGAGGACCACGAGCUGCGCAUGAACGCUUCAAUCGGUAGAGAUUGCUAUGACUCUUCCGGGUAUGACGAUUCUUCAAGCGACGAUUCAUGGUUAACGCAACCUAAAUUCCCCAUGUCCAGCACCAAGAACAAGUUCAUUGCCAUUGGCUGCGACACGUCAGCCUCCUUUCGAGACCGCGAUGGAAAGUUCUCUUUCGGGUGUAUGUCUUCGUGUAGCAACAUUUCGGACGUCAGCAAUGGGUCGUGUACAGGCAUCGGUUGCUGUGAGACGAGCAUCCCAAGGAACACCUUCAAUUACAACAUCUCCAUUACGAGCUUUUCCAAUCAUUCCGAUGUCCUGGCUUUCAAUCCCUGCAGCUAUGCCUUUGUCAUAGAAAAUGGAUCCUACAACUUUUCGGAUGGUGACCUUAAGCAGCUUAAAUUUAAGGAUUGCCCUCUAGUUCUCGACUGGGCAAUAGGGAAUCAAACAUGUGAGGAAGCUAAGAAGAACAGCACGAGCUACAUGUGCACCAAGAACACCAUGUGUACUGACGCCGAAAAUGGAUUUGGGUACAAGUGCACUUGUUCAGAAGGUUACCGAGGCAAUGCUUACCUCGAGAAUGGUUGUCAUGAUAUUGAUGAAUGUGCGGAUCCAGAGAACCAGUGUGAGAAAAUUUGCCAUAAUGUUGUUGGGAAUUAUACUUGCUCAUGCCCAAAUGGUUAUCAUGGUGAUGGCAGAAAAGGCGGUCAAGAUGGACAAGGAUGCAUUGCUAAUCCAUCACAUUUGAUGAAGAUAUUGGUUGGUGUUGCUGCGGGCAUAAUAGUGCUACUUUUCAGCAUAGGCUUUCUGUAUUUCGGACACAAGAAAAGGAAGCUCAUCAAGCUCAAAGAACAAUACUUCAAGCAAAAUGGUGGCUUGAUUUUGCAGCAACAAUUACAUGAACGUGACAGAACUACAAAAGUUGCGAAACUGUUCAGUGCUGAAGAGCUAGAGAAGGCCACCAACAAUUAUGAUGAGAGCAAAAUAGUCGGCCAAGGAGGAUAUGGUACCGUUUACAAAGGGUCGUUACCAAAUAAUAGGAUAGUUGUGAUUAAGAAGUCCAAGCUCAUUGAUCAGAGCCAAAUUGAAAAUUUCAUCAAUGAAGUCAUUGUGCUUUCUCAAAUUAAUAAUCGUAACGUGGUCAAGCUUUUGGGUUGUUGUUUGGAAACUGAGGUGCCUUUAUUGGUGUAUGAGUUCGUCAACAAUGGAACUCUCUUUGACCACAUCCACAACCCAAACAAAUCAUCGAAGUUGUCUUGGGAGAUGCGGCUGAGAAUUGCUUCGGAAACUGCUGGAGUCCUCUCGUACUUGCAUUCCACAGCUUCCACUCCCAUUAUCCAUCGAGAUGUCAAGUCAGCAAACAUCCUUUUGGAUUAUAAUUACACUGCGAAAGUCUCUGACUUCGGAGCUUCAAGGUUAGUCCCACUUGAUCAAAAACAAUUGUCGACUAUGGUUCAGGGAACAUUGGGAUACUUAGACCCUGAAUACUUUCACACAAGUCAAUUGACUGAAAAGAGUGAUGUUUAUAGCUUUGGAGUUGUGCUAGUUGAGCUAUUGACUGGAAAGAAGGCCUUUUCUUUUGACCGACCGGAAGAACAGUGGAGCUUGGCAACAUACUUUCUUUCAUCAUUGAAAAAUGACAAAAUGUUUCAGAUUGUAGAAGAAGUUAUUGCAAAUGAAGGAAAUAAUGAGCAAGUGAAGGAAGUUGCCAAUCUUGCCAAGCGAUGCUUGAAAUUAAAAGGCAAGGAGAGACCGACCAUGAAGGAAGUAGCAAUGGAAUUGGAGGGACUUAGAGCAUUGGCUAACCAUCCAUUAGUUAGGUGUAUUGAUGUGAAUCCAGAAGAGACAGUUCAUUUACUGGGAGAGAAGACCGAUAUGGAUGGUAUUUGUGAUCACGAACAAUAGGUACACAGAUAGCAUGAAAAACCAUGUCAUGCCACAAGUUAGCAAUGGGAGAUGAUAGGGUAUGCAAAUAGCAUGAAAAAACAUAUCAUGCCACUAGUUAAUGGUGGGAUAUGACAAUAACAGGUUAUCUAUAUAUAUCUGGGUAUGUUAUGUUGGAUGUUAUGGUUGCACGAGGUCUCCAUUGACUGCCCUGGUCAUUGGGUUCUUUCCCGUUGAAACUGGUUCACCAAAUGGUUUCUAUGCAUGGAAGAGAACUCUUGAGAUAUCUAGCCUUAUAAUAAAGUGAGUGUAGUGAUUCAGUAAGUGUUUGUGUGAAUGCAGGAUAAUUUAGCUUUAGAAAGCUUUGGACCCAACUCAGUGAGAGGACGUAAAUAUGGUUUCCUCCUUCUAUUAUUUCUUGGUGGUGCUUUUGAGAUUUGGGAGCUAUCCUGUCAUU